CCCCGAAGAGCAGGACGCGCGGAGGAGAGCCGAGGCGCGGAUUAGCGCCCGCAGAGCCGCCCGAGCCCGUCGGGGCGCGGAAGGGCUUACCCGGGAGGCGGGCGGGAGGCGGGGAGAGGCUCCCCGUUAAAUACCGCGCCCGGCCGUCCCCGCGCGCUCAGCCCGGCGCCCGCCCGCCCGCUCCCUCGCCCGCCGCCGCCGCCGGAUCGUGCCGAAGAGGAGGGGGCGUUCCCCGCACCAUGGCAUCCACGGAAGGUGCCAACAACAUGCCCAAGCAGGUCGAAGUGCGGAUGCCCCAGAGCCACCUCAGCUCGGAGGAGCCGCCCAAGCACCGGAACCUGGGGCUGCGGCUGUGCAGCAAGCUGGGGAAGAACCUGCUGCUCACUCUGACGGUGUUUGGUGUCAUCCUGGGGGCAGUAAGUGGAGGGCUUCUCCGCCUGGCAUCUCCAAUCCAUCCUGAUGUGGUUAUGCUAAUAGCCUUCCCGGGGGAUAUACUCAUGAGGAUGCUAAAAAUGCUCAUCCUCCCUCUCAUCAUCUCCAGUUUAAUCACAGGGUUGUCAGGCCUGGAUGCUAAAGCCAGUGGGCGCCUGGGCACGAGAGCCAUGGUGUAUUACAUGUCCACCACCAUCAUCGCCGCGGUCCUGGGCGUCAUCUUGGUCUUGGCUAUCCACCCAGGGAACCCCAAACUUAAGAAGCAGCUGGGGCCUGGGAAGAAGAAUGACGAAGUGUCCAGCCUGGAUGCCUUUCUGGACCUCAUUCGAAAUCUCUUCCCGGAAAAUCUUGUCCAAGCCUGUUUUCAACAGAUUCAAACAGUGACCAAGAAAGUCCUGGAGGCACCAGAGUCAGAAGAAGAGAGCAACGUCACCACCGCUGUGGUCUCCCUGCUGACCGAGACUGCAACAGAGGCACCGGAGGAGAUGAAGAUGGUGAUCAAGAAGGGUCUGGAGUUCAAGGACGGCAUGAAUGUCUUAGGUCUGAUAGGGUUUUUCAUUGCUUUCGGCAUCGCCAUGGGAAAGAUGGGCGAGCAAGCCAAGCUGAUGGUGGAAUUCUUCAGCAUUUUGAAUGAGAUUGUAAUGAAGUUAGUGAUCAUGAUCAUGUGGUACUCCCCGCUGGGUAUUGCCUGCUUAAUCUGUGGGAAGAUCAUUGCCAUCAAGGACUUAGAAGUGGUUGCUCGGCAACUGGGAAUGUACAUGGUCACAGUGAUUGUGGGCCUUAUCAUCCAUGGGGGCAUCUUUCUCCCCUUGAUUUACUUUCUAGUGACCAGGAAAAACCCUUUCACCUUUUUUGCUGGCAUUUUCCAAGCUUGGAUCACUGCCCUGGGCACCGCUUCCAGUGCUGGAACUUUGCCUGUCACCUUCCGUUGCCUGGAAGACAACCUGGGGAUUGAUAAGCGUGUGACCAGAUUUGUCCUCCCUGUUGGAGCAACCAUUAACAUGGACGGCACAGCCCUGUAUGAAGCAGUGGCUGCCAUCUUUAUUGCCCAGAUGAAUGGUGUUGUCCUGGAUGGAGGCCAGAUUGUGACCGUGAGCCUCACGGCCACACUGGCAAGCGUCGGUGCAGCCAGUAUCCCCAGUGCUGGACUGGUCACCAUGCUCCUCAUUCUGACAGCUGUGGGCCUGCCAACGGAGGACAUCAGCCUGCUGGUGGCUGUGGACUGGCUGCUGGACAGGAUGAGAACAUCCGUCAAUGUUGUGGGUGACUCUUUUGGAGCUGGGAUUGUCUAUCACCUCUCCAAAUCUGAGCUGGAUACCAUUGACUCCCAGCACCGAGCGCAUGAAGACAUUGAAAUGACCAAGACUCAGUCCAUUUAUGACGACAUGAAGAACCAUAGGGAAAGCAACUCUAACCAAUGUGUCUAUGCUGCACACAACUCUGUCAUAGUAGAUGAGUGCAAGGUGACUCUGGCAGCCAACGGGAAGUCAGCAGAUGGCAGUGUUGAGGAAGAACCUUGGAAACGUGAAAAAUAAGGAUGUGACUCUCAGCAAAAUUCUUGAAUAAACUCCCCAGUGUAUCUCAUGGUAAAAGAGGAUAUAAACAAGCUUUCUUUAAAAAAAGAAAAAAAAAACACACCUAUAUUUCUAUGUUUACUUAAUCUAUUUAGCCAAGGCUUAGAGGACCUGUUGUGAGUCAGUGAUAGGCAUGGUGCUGUGUCUUUGCCAAAUAAUGCUUUGUAACCGUCUAAUGUUCUCGCGUGUGUUACUGUCGGAAUGGAUGCUGCUGGAGGAACCGUUUGAAUUGAAGACACAUCCUUGCCAGCUUCCCUUUUCUCUCAAGAUGCAGGACCAUGGAUGCUCUUUUCCCAGGGGACGAGACUCGAGCUGUGUGGUACACUCCAGGGACUCGGGGUAACGAGCAGACACACCGUGUGUUGCUUCUCCAAGUAUUCUCCAUGCUUCACCUUGUUAUGCACAAGAGAGUCUGUUAGGAGCCUCUAGAAGUAAUUCUCCUUCCGUGUCUUGCAGGGUUUGCCUGUGUGUUGAUAAAAGCAAGUACUUGUCUUAGGGAACUGUGACCAUUUGUCUUCUGUCUGCUCUUUUAGCUCAGUGUUUCAGAGAGCAUGGCUGUGGGAGUGGAUCUGUGGAAGGCAGCUGGUUGUGGAGCUCUGUGAGCCUCUGCUCUGUCCCACCUAGUCUGUGGACAUGCAUUAUUGAACCUUCAGAGUAUGUGGCAUCAUUUGCUCUAAAUGUGAUAAUAUUAAAUGGGUUAGAGUGUAAUUUGCAUAGAACUGCUGUAUAUAUUGACAAAAGGAAGAGAGCACAGUCAACAUACGUGUUAAUUAGAUUCAAAUAUUCAAAUCUGUUGGCCUUUGGUUUGCAUUCAUCUUGACAGCAUGAAAUCAAGUGAGAUCAUAUGAUCUCUGCUUCACUUUCUUUGUUUUACCCAUAAAAUUCUCGUUUGGAUUUCUAUCAAGACUUUUUUUUUUUAAUCUCUAAAUUAUUUCAGUCAUGUUCUCAGUAAACCAGAAGGCCUAAUCCUUUCUGUUCUUCUUACACAUGGAAGACAGUUGUGUUGCCUGUGCCUCUUUUAAUACUAUCUCUUGAUAAAAACAAAAAACUGUCAUUUAUCUAAUAUGUAGAAAGCUUUUGUUGUAUUAUAUCAAAGCACAUAAAUCCAAUUACAGGACACAUUGGAAGCAAAGCCAACCUUCCUCCCCGGUUUUCUCUGUCGAAAAGAACAGGAAACAACAUGUGUGCAAAGUCCUUAAAAGGUGCCAUUCCUAUGGCCAAGUCAAGGCAGCCUUGAAUCAUGAAAUGGGAACAACACAGGUGGGACCUUUUCAAGGCUGUUGCAGUUUGGGGGAAUAAUAUAAUAGGAGCAGCACAGUGCCUUGCAUGCUGUUGACACCCAAUGAAUCCUGAAUGAUUAUGUAGGUUACAUUUGUCAGUAUCUCUGUUAUCAUUUCCUAGUGAAUAACCCACAGUAUUUUUCUAAAGUUUCUGGCUUUGGGAGUUUGCAGAGGACUUGAACAUGAAUCACUGAGAAAUAAAGCACAUUGGAAGGAGUGUGUAGAUCUUUGGUUCACAUGUGGGAGGCAGGUGGUCUUCUGAGGCCAGCAGAUGGAUGGUGAGAUGUUGAUGAAUUGUGAUAGGGUCUAAAUUCUCUAAAGAGAGCAUGCUUAUGGACACCACAUCCCCUUUAUUACCUAGUCCUUGUGACUUUUCUCUUCCAAAUCAGACACCUUUGGGACAUCCAAAAUACCCGAGGUUUCAAUUAUUUUUGUCUCUUAGCCCCUUGUUAUUUUUGGAUAAGGAUCAUUAUUGCGCAGUAUUAAGCAGAUUUUGCUCUUUAAAAAUGGCCUUGGUCUUCAUGUUCAAUAGGUGGACAGUGAGCAGGGUGGCCCAGGAUGUGCUGAAAUGCAGCUGUGGGAAAUGUAUCCCUUACAGCAGACACUGUGGGUCAGGGGGAUAGUUCCUGGGUGCAGCUGUGAAACUGAUAAAUGUUGUCUAUAAGUGGGACUUAUGGUGAGGAGAAGGAUAUGGGCAAGGCACCUAGGAGCUUGCGGUUUUGCUACUUAAGGCCAGCUUAGCACACAUGUACUGGCUGACAUAUUUCUGGAUAGAGCAAUCUCAGGAUUAUCUUCCCAAGGCGAUGCCUAGAUGUGUUCUCUGUUUGCUUUGUCUUCAGCGUUUUCUCGUUACCCAGUGAGAUCAUAAAUGUAUAAGUGCACAGUUUAACAAAGCAGGUAUUUCUGGUUUGAGACUCUAUGCAGUAGAAUAGUUCCAUGAAAAUACAUGUAGGAUCAUAUUUAUCUAGAUUCAACAAAUUAUAUUAAAAAUUAAUACUUUUUCAAAUUCAAGACAAGCCUAUAAAUCCAGGAUGUAGAUAGAGCUGACAUAUGACUGUGUCCUUUGAUUUUUUUAGGCCCCAUUCAUUCUUCUCAUACUGUGCCCAUUAGGGUUUUCCUUGCCCAGUAUAUGUGCCAUAAACAGAACAAAUAGAUCCAGAAUAUACCUCUAACAACCUUUUCUAAAUAGGAUAUGUAUGAUCUGCCAGUGAUAUACAUAGAUUUAUAUAAUAGCUCCAACACAGAUAUAAAUGCUUAUCACCCACUAAUAUUUGAUGAUGCAUAAAUGUUAUAUUUAUAUGAUAGGCCAGAUGCAUACACCACAUCCUAUAAGGUCUGUUUUGUAUUUUGUUGUUGUUUUUGUCACAGACUCAUUCACUCUUUUUAGGAAUCAGAAUUGUUUCAGGAGAAAACUGAGCAGACUUUGAUCCUUCCCUAUCUCAUUUUUGCCCAUUGGUAGACCCAAAAGGAAUCAUCAUUAGAUCAACUACUUACAAUUCGGUGAAUCCAAUCCAAUCCAAUCAGUGAGAAAAAAAAUGGCUUCUCUCUCAAGGUGAGGCUUUAUGUGAGGUCUUUGAGGCUGUGCAUCCCAUGCAAAGGGCAUCAGACCUUUAGGGCAAUCACCUUGGUCACACAGAUCCUCAAUACAGGACAUCAGGGAGGAUAUCUGAACAAGGUAGCUAUCAGAUUCAAUUCCCUACUUGCUAUUAGGUGUGGGAACAUAGCCUAUAGUUUCAUUUCCUGGGGAAGUCACCAUGUCUCCUAAAAGAUAUGUACUUCUGUUCUCCAACUACUCGUUAGACUGGUUGUUUAUGAAACCUAAAGCAAGGAUGCCAAGAUGCCCAGCUCCUGGGUUUAGGCUGGAAGCUGAGAAAGGCUUAGGGGAAAUUCAGUUCUCGGGGAGAUAGAGUCCUGAUAGACAAUGCCAGGAACCGCACCACUGAGUGAUUAGAGGGUGUCAGGUCCUUUCCAGUUGUGCAUGGAGAAGUAUGUCAUUUUCAUGUGUGUUGAAAGUCAAGAAGCCCUUCCGGAGUUGGGUAACUCAUCUACUGGGUCCCCAAAAAGGAAACCCAACCCUGCCAUGCUUUUGCAAUGCCACACUUCCUUACAUUCUCAACAGCAAAGGUUAUGGUACGAUAUUUCACUUUUGUCAGAGUCAAUGCUUCUUUUCCCAUGAAUGCAGCAGUCAACCCAAAUAGGAACGCACAUGCUCAGAGAGACUUCCCUGUAGUUCAGACUCUUGCUGGACAAGUCUCAGCAGCUCUUGCCUGGUUCCAUGGCAAAAGUGCUCAGCAGUUACACCCAGCGGAGGCAGUAGCUCUUCCCACUUCACUGCUCUCAAACUCUUGGGGCCAUGCACUUGUCGGCUUUGCUUAUUCUCCAACUGAACGCAUUCCAAGCCAAUAAAAAGGGCCAAAUGGGAAUUUUCAGUUAUUGCAAUAACUUGUUCCUUGAAUAAGAAGAGUAAGACCUAGGAAGAUUACGUUUAAGCUAAGAGCCUGAAGUAAUUCUGAAGUGAGAGUUUUGCAAUUCUAGUUGUCAGAGGAGAUUAGUGGUCUCUGUGUCUGUGGUAACUUCUGGCUAAAAUCUAGAAGAAAGGCUACUGAGUGCCAAGCCCAGCAGGUGACAUUAUCGGCAGGCUGUUCUUGAAUGGAGUGAAUUCAAAGCUGCCUAUGAUUUUCCCCCUAAAAAAAAACAAUUCUUUACUCUUUCUCCUCCUUUCUUCUUAUUCCACCUAUCAUUAUUACUGCAUAAGGGACAAUUGUAAACAACCAAGGGUUGGCGUUAGAAUAAGAUGAUGUAAUCUUAAUUGAAUAGUAUCUGAUUGUACAGCAUAACACAGCUAAUUCAGAUAGUAACAGAGAUGGGUAGAGGAAACAUGUGACUUACACUGCCAGUUGUCAGCUGUAUAACUUACUCAAGUCACUUAAUGCCCAAGCCUCAUUCCUUCCCAUAUGUAAAGAGAAGGGGUUGGAUUAAAUUAUUAAAACCCCCUCUCAGCCUUAAGAAUCCAUGAUAUUAUGAUCUCUGCUCUAAUAUUUCUUUCCUAAGAAGUUUCCUACUAUAAAAUAUGAUUUUAUAUUUUAAGUCAGAGGGACCCACAAUAAUUUCUAAUCAAUUUGCAUUAUUCCCGUCCCCUUUGGGGGAAGCCUCUCUCCUUAUUUGGUGAUUACAAGCUUGGAAGAUGGUCAUGUUAAUCGACCAUGUGGUGUUUUGAGACACAGACACAAUUCUGUAAAACUGCUCUUUGCUUACACUCACUGUCCCAGUUGAAGUAGCGAUUCAGCUCAGGGAAAAUGCUGCCAGAGUCACCAUGAGGGGACUGGACAUGUCUAUAGCCUCACUCAAGCUCUUGCAUCAUUCCUGCUGUAGCAACAGGGCCCACUUCUAACACCCAAAGCACAGUUCUCUCCAGACAGUCCUAGUCACAUGCAGGAGCCUUUGGCAAAUCAACCUGAACAGUCUUAUGAAAUUUGGUGCAAGACUUGCACAAUAACAGCCUCUGUCUGUAAACACCUUCUCUCUCCUCCUGUAGGCGGACGUGCACACCCAUGCAAGGUGAGCCUGGGCAAGACCUUUCUCUGCAGAGAGAUACAGGGCCAUUUGAGGGAGUUCAUUUUCCAUUUCUCCUCUUGGUUUGCAUCACAUCGCAGGUAGAGAAGCUCUGUCCAACAAGAAUGGAGUUGUGCUGGCUAUCACCCCUCUUCAGUGCCCGAGGAGUUUCUGGGAUUGCUAGACAGCAUGGUCUGUCUGCAGGGUGCAUGCUGACAUGACCUUUGAACAGCCUUGUUGCACUUUUUGCUCCUGCUGCAAUGGGCUACUGCUUGCAUCCUUGCUUUUUGUCCAAACUUUAGCUAGCCGUGGAAUGGGUUUAGUAUUUAUUGUGUUGUGAGCACCUUUACCACCAGGGCAGACUUCCACUCUUUAGAUUUGGGGGAAACCAGAUGUAAAACCAGGAAUAAAAGGAUUGAGUUUGCUUUUUAAUUCUUAGUGCAGAAGACCUGAUGCAAGAGCAGCAAGAAAGACUAUUUCUUAAUUGACCCAAAUAUGCAUCUAUGGAAAAGUAAGAGAAGCCCCACAUUCUUAUUUCAGUCUUUCUAAAUAAUAUUCUGAAUAAUGACCUAUCAUUUUUCCACUAUGUCCAGCCUUGCUCCACCUUCCUACCUGCAGACCAAGUAUCCAUUUAGAUAUUUUUAAAAGUCCUUCUGCUUGUUAUAUGGGGCCCUUCUGUGCUGAGAAUAAAACCUUCUGCUGGAUCAGACUCCACUGCUUUGCAGAGUCAGCACUGGACCCAGAGCAUGAGUAGCAACAAGUCCCCACCGCCUCUGGGGACACCCCAGGUCCUGGGUGAGUGUUGGAACAUAAUAGCCUACUGCUGCCCUUGUCAUCAUCCCCCAUUGAGACAGGAUGUGCAGUCAGAGCCUCACUCCUUCUGGGCUCCGUUUCUUCUCAUGGCAACCACUUAGCCUGCCUCGAAUAGCCUGUUGCCUUUGGUAGGAGAGAAAUGCUCACACUAGCCAAGGAAGUUGGUCUAGCGAGUCUCAGGUUUCUCCCCAGGGAGGGAGUUCCCUGAGAUGUAUGAUCAGAAAGCUGGCCCUCUGGUUGCCUGGUGCUCCGGGAGCAUUCUAUCCCUUGCCAGAAGCUCACCCUUCAGCAUCCAGAUCCUUCCACACACCCAUUCUCCUUCCCCUGGUGAACCUCAGCAUUGUAUCUCCAUGUUGCAUAGCACAGACCAGAUAAUCUGGUCACUAUAGAGAUUUGUAUAUUUAAAAAAACACCUACUUUUGUGAGGAUUUUUGUAUGUUGUUUUUCUAUUUGUUUUCUACAGCUUGAGGAGAGAGCUGGCAAACUGUGAAUCUCAUUUGACCUUGCUGCCAGCAGAUAUAUUUUGGCUUCCUGAGAAGAAUCUAUGUUACCAGGGCCAACAGAUUGCCCUCUGAUCAGUAUUGCACCCCACACUCUCAGAUUCCUCCCGCCCAACCUUACAUUCUUUUUUUU